CCCCUUUAUAUCGUCGGCUCUUCUUUCUACUUCACUCUUUAUUUUUGUGAUUAGUGUAGUUUAUGUUGUUUAUGCUAUAGAAUAAUGUAAUGUCUUUUUAUUCUAAGUCUUUAUUCUGUAUUGUUUGGUCAUUAAAUUGUUUUACUUAAAUUCCUAUUUAUAUUAGAACUGUUUUAGCAUGCUGAAAACUUGCUUCAUAAACACAUUGUGAUCAAUUCUUUUGUCUGGAAGAAUCGAAGAUGCGCAAGAUGAAAAAGAAAAAUAAUUCUUUAAUCGGUGGUCUUUAAAUUAAAACAAUUUUCUUCCAUAGUAUUUGAUGGUGAAAUUUCGAUUGCUUGAAAUUCUCCUUCCCAUUUUGUACUCAAAGAAAUGCCAUUAAUAUUGGACGCACUUACUUAUUAUGAUGAUGAUUCAGAUUUUGGAGAAAUGGAAGGCGAGUCUUCUGGUUCACACGAAUAUCGAGAAAUAAUUCUGCAGCAGAGUGUCACAAUGUUGGCCUACAUGGAUAGGGCAAACAAUGUUUCUGCUCUGCCCUCAAAUAGUUCAGAGCCCGGAAUGCUUCUUGGUUUCGCAAUCACUGAUCUCACCAUUCUAGUAGCUGCUUCCAUAGGAGCGGCUGGUUUAAUAACCAUAGUUUUAGCUGUUUUUAUUGUAUGGCAUUGCUGCAAAUUAAGAGGUCGACCAGACAAGGCUUAUUGUUUGGAUAAUUCAAGUGCUGAUGAAUGCUCAAUUAAACAAGGAAGUGGUACAAUGAUGCAUAGUGAUUCUGUUGUGUUCUUGGGUUCAAAAUCUAGUCAGAUUGCAACAUGUGCAAUAGGAAUUAAAAACGAUCUUUGCCAGUCGAUUCUUACUCGAUCUCAGUCUGUUCCUUUGAAGGAGGGAAAAGAACCUUCUAAAUUGCAUUCCAUUAACAGACAGUCAUCAAAGAAAAGACCUGUCAGCCAACCUGUCCACCUACCAAUAUUUCAAUCCAAUCUCUACUCUCCAAAACGAGCACAUUCAGUCCAUCCUCAUUACUAUCAUCACUUGGAGGAUGCGGCCGAACUAUCCAUGCCACUUCCCAGCAUUCCUGAAAUGGCAUUCAGAGGUUCUGAUGACACACCACCUCAAGUCCUAUAUGCCUCUUGCAAUGCCUUAGAUGGUGCAUCUGCAUAUAGCUCUAUUUACACUGCUGUUAACCCAAAUACUACGAUGAAAACUAGAAGUCUCCCUCUUUGGGGAAGGGCACGUCCUCGCCCUCUUUCUACAGAAGACGAUGUUAAUGAAUUAUAUGCUAAGGUUAGCUUUAGUAAAAAGCGUAAGAACAGAAUGCGAAGCGACAGUGCUGCUGCCAUCGCCAUGAACAAAAGUCGUACACCCUUUGUGACCGUCGUCCACAAGGACACAGAUUCCUUAGUGGAGAAUGAAGCUGUUGUCGUUUAUGACGAGCGAACAGCAUUGUAGCAAUACUAUUAUUUGGAAUUUUAUCAAAUAUUUUGCUGUGCAGUGCUAUCAAUGUUAUAAUGUAUUCGAAAGGCAUUUAUAUAUUAGUAUUAUAUAAUGUUCAUAAAAUUAGUGUGAAUUGGUGUAAGUUUUCUAAAAUAUGUUUCUUCUUUUAAUUGAGGCUUUUAUAUAACUGAUAAUAUUGUGUAUUUAAGGCUGUUGUACCUUAAUGCUAAAAGUUCUAUCCCUAAUUAUAUAAAUUCCAUACAAAAAUGAAGUUAAAAAAAAAAAAUUCAUAAUCAAAAUAAGAUCAUAGGUUUUUUAAAAAUUGCUUAACGGCUUCCCUUACCAAUUGUUUUGAGAUAAAAGAAUAAACAUAUUUUUUUUAUUUCUUUAAUAAAUACAAGGAACUAAAAUAAUGCACAAGUUUUAAGUUGAAAUUUUAAUUUUUUAUGUGUAAAAAAACAUUUAAUUAGCCAUCUGGUUGACUAUCCCUAAUUAUAUCCGGCAAAUGAAAAAAGUUAAAUAUUAGCUUUUGAAAGAUUGUUUUUAAAACAAGGGACAACGCAAAGUGAUACAUUUUUUUACUCUUUAUUAUGUAGAUUCAACAACUAUUGUAUAUACAAUCGCACAAAACACGCGUGCAGUCCCACAAUCAAACAUUAAAGCUGCCUAUCGUUUUUAAAAAGUGCUUGUUAUUUUCAUUUUUUAACAGCCCUUAAAGGUGCUUUUUUCAUUGAGUGUUUUGAAAAAGUGCUUAAUUUUCCCUAUUCGAAAGUUAGAUUUUUUUUCUUAACCAUUUCAAUUUUCGUCGUGUUGUAAGCAAAAGUGUGCUUUUCACAUUGUUCUAUUCUAUGUUUUAACAAUUCAUUCGACCACAAUGGCUUACGUUCGGUCUAUAGCAUUUAAAUGUGCCAAUUAUUUUACAUGUUUAAUAAAAUACUUUGGAUUCCACAGGUGCAUCUACUGAACUGGGUUCAAUGAGAUUAUUGCUCUCUCAUGUUGCAAGAUAUUCUCAAUUUCAGACUUCAUUUUCCCCCCUUUGAUAUCGAACCAAAAUAUCUCUUGAUAAUUUUAUGAUGGCUAAUAUAAUCACGAAAAGAGUUCCUAGUCAGAAACUAGUUAUUUUAUCAUGAUCAUGUAAAGGUUUUGAAAAUUGUUUUGCAUUUUGUUAAUGUAUAUAGUGCUUAAAAAUAUUUUUUAAGUGCUAAAAAAGUACUUAAAAGGUGUUUAUUUUUUGUUGAAAGAUUUGGCCUAGCACCCUGUUUUAUAUUUCACCCAAAUGACUUUAAACUUUCAAGAUUUUUUUUUACUGCAGGUUUAAUUUGUCCUAAUAAUUUAUUACAUACUUUUUUUUUUUUUAUAGAAAGUGAAUUUGAAGUUAACAUUAAGGUUCCAGGUUCUAUUUUUCUGUGUUAAACUUAUUUCGAACAGAAAGUGAACACGAAGGUUAAACUAGCAUUAAGUGUAUUAACAGUCUUAAAUUAUUAAAAGGACGUCAUACCGUGGGAGAAAAUUUUUCUCUCAAAUUCUCUUUCUCCUUCAUUAUUAAUUUAAAGUGUAGAAAAAGUGAGUUCAAACAAACCUAGAGUAACCCAUGAAGUUUUAAAUACUGAAAAGAAAAUUUUAAAAUAUGCAAAUGAAAAUAAAUUAUGAGAUGAUAAUUAAUACACAAUGAAGAAGCUCUCUUCGAAUAAUUUGUUUGCAAUUUAAUAUUUUUUCAGCAAUUGAAAUUUUAUGACAAACUCUAGUUUUGCCUGAACUUACUUUUUCUUUCUUUUAAAUUAGUAAUGAAGAAGAAAGAGAAUUUGUGACAAAAGUUUUCUUCCGUGGUAUUGCGUCCUCUUAAGACCAUUGUAAAAUUCAUACGUCCUAUUAAAAUAUUUAUAAUAAAAUAUAAUAGUUAACUAGAGUCUACUUUUUCGAUCUUUUUUAGAAGCAAAUAUUUUUCCUAAUUAUUCAUUUUUUGGUAAUGAUGUAAAAUAUUAAUAGAAAUAAUUUUUGAUGUGAUUUUUUGUAUCAUCUAAUAUAUUCUAUAUACUAAUCUUAUUGUUAAACUAGUCAUUUAUUACUCAUAAGAUUGAAGGAAUCUGUGAUAUUUCUGAUUUAUUAACUUUAAAAAAUUACAUUAGUUUCCAAUUCAUUUUAAAAGUAAAAUAGGUAUAUUGUAUAAAUUUUGUUAGUGAGGAAUUGUUCUAUAAAAAGCUGACAUUUCUAUUUAAGUAUUUGUUAUUUAGCUAUUUUUUUUAAAUUCAUUUUUAAAAAAAAAGUUAUUCCAUAGAGAGGUCAAUUAAUCAAUUGUGACAUUGCUUUUUACAAUGCAAUGUAUCCGCAUUUUGUUGCUAACAACAAUAUUUUUAGUGUAAAAGAGUUAAACAACUAAAUAUUAACCCACUUUAGGCCAAGCAUAUAGAUUUUAAAAAUGUGGUAUUAUUUUCAUUAAAAUAUGCUUACAUUAUAUUUAUUAAGACUUAAAAAAAGUGAUAUUUUAUUUAAGAAACAAAAUGGUGCACCAUUCACCAAAUCAAUCAACAAACCAUUUAGAUGAACGCUUGUUUUUUUAUUCUUAUGAAAUUUGUUAUUUGUGGUACAAUUUUAAUCAAUCAUAAAAACAAAAGAUUAUACAUUUUAGUCAGAAGAAAAAAUUUUUUUAGAAAAAAUUAUACAUUUUUCAAACAUUUUUAUUUGCCAAUAGCUGUUUUAAGUUUAAAAAAGUUCUCGACAGAAAGUGCUUACUCCAAUUGAAUUACUAUUAAUUUUUAGGUGUCUUAAGAACCCUUGACAAUAGCUGAAAAAUAUAUGUCACUUUGUUAAUAAAAAAAUAUAUAUUUAUUGUAAUGGUGCGUUUGUGCACCUUUGGCCAAAAAUGAGUUAAUCUCGUAUAAUUAUAAAAAAAGCAGGAAAGGAAAAAGAAAAGAAAAAAAUACUUAGCUACAGUAUAAUUUAUUGUGUUACAAGUUCUGUGUUGUAUUAUUUAAGGAAUGUAGAUCUCAUUGACUGCUUUGUCAUCAUUUUUUAGCAUUUAAGUUGAAUGUUAAGAUCUUCUUGUACAUUAUAGUCAUUUUCCUGUAUACUGACAUUCAAUGUAUCUUUUGCAAACAUUUCAAUUAACAAUAAAAGUAAAUACGUCUA